AUGAAACGUUUUAAUAUUGAUAUUUUAGAAACCAGUAAAACGAGAUCGUCUGGAAAGGGAAUAGGUCAACAUGAAGACACACUGUUUUACUAUUCUGGAUCUAGAAACAACGACCCGUGUCAACAAAAUAAAGAAAUCAUAAACUCCAAACCACUGACAUUCGAUGAAGUUUACAACCAAAGCAGUCCAACAAAUUGUACAGUAUAUUGUGGAGGUAUAACAAACGGUCUGACAGAGGAACUGAUGCAAAAGACUUUUGCUCCAUUUGGAACCAUACAAGAAAUUAGAGUAUUUAAAGAAAAAGGAUAUGCCUUUGUAAGAUUUUCUACAAAAGAAUCCGCUACGCAUGCUAUAGUAGCAGUUCAUAAUACAGACAUCAACGGUCAAAUUGUUAAAUGUUCUUGGGGAAAGGAAUCCGGAGAUCCCAAUAAUGCACCUGUAACUGGUCAGGCAAUCGCAGGUACGAGUUUUCCCUACAGUGCCUACGGGCAGCAGUUAAGUUACUGGUAUCCCCAAAGUUAUCCGACCGCAAGCUCUGCACAAAUACAGGGACAGUUUCUAGGAGGAAUGCAAGGAUAUGCUUAUGGCCAAUUUGGGGGAUAUCAACAGUCGUAUAUGGGAUUGUGUGUAUGUGUGUUCAUUCCCGGAAAAAUAGUUAACUCAAGCAAGUUUAAUCCGUUGCAAGACAAAGGCCAGAAAAACGGCACCAAAGACGCGAAAGACUCUUUCAAGCCGUCCACUCCACAUAUUAACAAUGAAGGCGCUGGUAGUAGACCGCAGUCGGUAUUUAUGGCCACCACUCCUGGUCAACAGUCCGUAGUGACAUAUAUAACCGACUAUUUUGGUCAUUCAUCUAGUGCUACUAACUUCCCAGGAAUGCAGUACAGCUCACUAGCCUAUCCUCAACAGUAUAACUUCCAAUCAACAGGACGUUACUGUCCUCAAGUGAUGGACAGCUCCCAAGUUCUGAGUUCCAACGCUUACUCGAACCCACCGCAAGAAAGCCUUUCCUACCCACAGCAGCAACAGUACGGACACCCACCAGUAGUGUACUCCGCUUCAGCUCAAGGCAUUCCCUACUCGAAGGGAUUCAGCCAGCCCUUGCCACAACAUGGCUUCAUGCCACCACGUCAAUAG